GGGGUGGCGUGGUUAUGCGGCUGGGCUGUUGGCUGAGGUUCAGGGUUCUUGGUCAUUGGCGCUUAGACCGCUGGAGCCUCAGACUUGCCAGGACUUGGGGUGGCUGUGGGGGUCCUAUGGCGGAAACACUCUUGACCGGGGUCGAGGCAGCGGGAGGGCUGAGGUGUCUGGCUCAGGAAAACGGAGAAGCUGGUGGCGACGCGAGGGGUGAGCGGCUCCUGGAGCGCCCGGAGCCGGCGGGCCCGGGUGUGGAGCAAGCCCUAGGAGUCGGGGAGCAGGGCUCGGCUUCAGCCUCGGGCCCAGGCAAGCGGAAAAAGCGGCGAGGCGCAACCGGGGAGCGCGUCGUGCCGCCCCCGAAGAAGCGGCGGGCUGGCGUGAGCUUCGGCGACGAGCACUUUGCAGAGACUAGCUACUACUUCGAGGGCGGCCUGCGCAAGGUGCGGCCCUAUUUCUUUGACUUCCGGACCUACUGCAAAGGCCGCUGGGUGGGCCACAGCCUUCUGCACGUCUUCAGCACCGAGUUCCGAGCCCAGACCCUGGCCUACUACGAGGCCGCCGCCCGGGCGGGUCGCCUGCACCUCAACGAGGAGCCAGUACGGGACCUCAGCAUCGUGCUCAAGGACAAUGAUUUCUUGCGCAACACGGUUCACAGGCAUGAGCCACCAGUCACGGCAGAGCCUAUUCACCUGUUAGCUGAGAAUGAAGACGUGGUGGUUGUAGAUAAGCCUUCCUCCAUUCCCGUUCACCCCUGUGGCCGCUUCCGACACAACACGGUCAUCUUCAUCCUGGGCAAGGAGCACCAACUCAAGGAGCUACACCCAUUGCAUCGGCUUGACCGCCUUACCUCAGGGGUGCUCAUGUUUGCCAAGACAGCUGAAGUUUCUGAGAAAAUUCAUGAGCACGUUCGGGACCGGCAGCUGGAGAAGGAGUAUGUGUGCCGAGUGGAAGGGGAGUUCCCCAUCGAGGAAGUGACCUGCAAAGAACCCAUCUUAGUGGUGUCUUACAAGGUCGGAGUGUGCCGUGUGGAUCCCCAGGGCAAGCCCUGUGAGACAGUGUUCCAGAGGCUGAGCUACAAUGGCCAUUCCAGUGUGGUACAGUGCCGGCCACUCACAGGUCGUACCCACCAGAUCCGAGUCCACCUCCAGUUCCUGGGUCACCCUAUUCUCAAUGACCCCAUCUACAACUCAGUUGCCUGGGGCCCCUCCCGAGGCCAGGGUGGCCACAUUCCCAAGACAGAUGAGGAACUGCUACGGGAUUUGGUGGCAGAGCACCAAUCCAAACAGAGCCUGGAUGUGCUAAAUCUCUGUGAGCGUGACCUGUCCCCAGGACUCACAGACUCUAUGGCCCCAUCCUCAGAGUUGAGCAAGGACAGCCUGGAAAAAUUAGCUACAACUGCCCAGAAGAUGGAUGGAGUAGUUGAGGCAGCUCCUUGGGAUCUAGACACAACGGCAGCUGAAACAGAUGUUAUAAAUCAAGAGACAGAUCCACUCUGUGCAGAGUGCCGACUGGUGCGACAGGAUCCCUUGCCCCAAGACCUCGUGAUGUUCCUGCAUGCCCUGCGCUAUAAAGGUCCGGGCUUUGAAUACUGCUCACCCAUGCCUGCUUGGGCACAUGAUGACUGGCAAGAAAACUGAGGGCUGUGGCCAAUGGAGGGAUUACUUUUUGGGUUGGAACAGGGACGGGCCAUGUGGCAGGGGCUGACCUCAUGGGUUGGUACUUAGGUUUUCUACAGGAAUGAGGUUGCACUCUAAAAAGACCUGCUCAUACUACCUCUUUCCUUCCUUUCCCUCUAGCUAGAGUUUGGGAACUUUUUGGUUUAUAAAUAUAUCCUUUUUUCUAAUA